AGGUUUUUUUUGUGUUUCUAAAAACAAGAUAAAGUAAAAAUCAAAGAAAAUUCAAUUUGCUGUAAUGGCAGCUCCGACGCAGCUCCUCUACUCCACCGCCCUCAAUCACACGCUCCCCCCCUUCCUCCGCCGCCGCAAUCCCCUAUUCCGCCGCGCUGCUUCCUUCGCUUCGUUUUCCCUCCGGCGCAAGCUUCCGUCCCGACCGAUACUCGCGCAGGCGCGGCGGAUCUCUUCUGCCGCCGUAGCUAAAGAUGAAUUAGUAGCUUCCCCCACUGAUUUGCAGUUUAAGGGGCCUCUUGAGGUGAUUAAGUAUCCAGACCCGAUUUUGAGGGCGAAGAACAAGCGAAUUGACUCGUUUGAUGAGAGCUUGAAGAGGCUUGCCGACGAGAUGUUCGACGUAAUGUACAUAACUGAUGGUAUUGGGCUCUCAGCGCCUCAAGUUGGGAUUAAUGUCCAGCUCAUGGUGUUUAAUCCAGCUGGUGAGCGCGGGGAAGGAGAAGAGAUUGUUCUCGUAAAUCCACAGAUCAAAAGAUUUUCGAAAAAGAUAGUACCUUUUGAAGAGGGUUGUCUAUCAUUCCCUAAAAUCUAUGCCGAUGUUAUUUAUGUUCAGCAAAGUGUUUUUGCUGUCAUCCAAUACCUCCAAUCAUGUUUCAUGGUUUUCUUGAAGUUACUUAAUAGUCCCACACUCGCUGCUUUACAGAGACCAGACUCGUUGAAGGUUGAUGCACAGGAUAUUAAGGGUGCGAGGUUUCAGAUCAACUUAACCGGACUUCUUGCCCGGGUGUUUCAGCACGAAUACGACCAUUUGCAGGGAGUCCUUUUCUUCGAGAGGAUGAGCGAUGAAGUUCUUGACACUGUUCGUGCACAGUUACAGGAACUGGAAAAGGAAUACGAGGAAAAGACCGGAUUGGCGAGCCCUGAGAAGAUUGAAGCAAGAGAAAUUAGGAAGAAAGGUGUUGGGUUUGGGAAAUCAUGAUCUUUAUAAGUAAUAAUACUCCAUUCAUAUCCUCAUAGUUGAAUCAUAGUAUUUCUUUUUUGAUUAUUCCAUUAUAGUUGAGAUAUUUUGUUUUUUUUUAAAAUCAACUUAUUUCAAUUAUCUAUUUUAUUCUCUCUUUAAUUAUCUA